AUGAAUAAUAUUCAUAAUAUUAUUGAAUUUAUUGAUGAUGUGAAUAAUAUUGGAGGUAGAAGACCUCAAGUGUAUAAAGAUAGGCCCAAUUUAUAUGAAAUAUUAACCGACGAAGAAUUUAAAUACAGAUUUCGUUUAUCGAAAAGUUGCGUAGAUUAUUUAUUAUCAUUAUUAGAAGGAAAGCUAAAAACAUCUACUGACCGGAAUAUGACAAUGUCACCAAUGAACAAAGUACUCAUUACACUGCGUUUUUAUGCAUUGGGGACUAUGUUAAUAUCAGUGGCCGAUAUGUUUGGUGUUAGUAUAUCUUGUGCUAGUAAAACAAUAAGAGAUGUUUCGUACGUGAUUGCCGAAUUGAGUAGCAUAUUUAUACAAAUCCCUGUACAUAAUAUUAAAGAUACAAAAAUGAAGAUGUACGAAAUAGCAAGAUUUCCAUUAGUCUUCGGUGCCAUUGAUUGUACACAUGUACGAAUUCAAUCACCAGGAGGUCACGAUAGUGAAAUGUUUCGAAAUCGUAAAGGAUAUUUUUCUUUGAAUGUGCAAGCCCUUGUGAAUUCAGAAUUGCAGUUUAUGGAUAUUGUAGCUAGAUGGCCAGGUUCAGCACAUGACAGUCACAUAUUCCGAAAUUCAAGAUUAUUUGCUAGGUUAGAAUCUGGAGAAUUUCAGAAAAUGGCUAUCCUAGGUGACAGUGGGUAUGCAUUAAAACCAUACUUAUUAACACCAAUAUCAAACCCUGUUGGACGUAUACAGAUGUUGUACAACGAAUCUCAAAUUAGAACAAGGAAUGUAGUUGAAAGGAGUUUUGGGGUCUGGAAGAGACGAUUCCCAGUAUUAUCACUUGGUUUACGAUUACAACUUAAAACGGUUCAAGCCAUUAUAGUGGCAACAGCAGUACUGCACAAUAUAUGUAGAGAGAUGAAAGAAGAUUUACCAAAUGAUAAUUUUGAGUUAACGGAACAACAUAACGAGACUGAAGACAUUAUUGAAGUCGAAUAUAAUGAUGAUGGUAGAGACCAAGACUCGACAAUGAGAGACAUGCUCUUAAAUAACUAUUUUGCAAGUUACAGAUUAAUUACAGAUUUAAAAUUGGUACAGAUUAAUACCAACAAUGAAAUUUAA